AUGACAAGCAUCAUAGCCAUCGAAGGCGGCCACGAUGUUUCGGGAGAUAUACAUGUAUCUGGGUCAAAAAAUGCCGGGCUAGCCCUCAUGGCCGCAUCUUUACUGGCGUCCGGGCAAAGCACACUUGAAGGGAUCCCGCCUGUGUCUGAUAUUGACAGCUUGGGUCGGAUUUGUCAAUACUUGGGCGCGAAUAUCAUACACACGUCUGAUUCCUUGCAGAUUGAUACAAUGAAUCUAGGCAGUCUAAAUGUCCCAGACCGGCUCACGCGAUCAUUACGCGCUUCAAUUUUGACAUUGGGUCCCCUCAUUGCGCGUUUCGGGUUUGCAAAGAUAUGUCUCCCGGGGGGGUGUUCGAUCGGAACACGGCCAAUCGAGGAACAUCUGAGAGGAUUGGAGAAAAUGGGAGCUUGUAUCAAAGUCACGGAGGGGUCUAUUGAGGCUUAUGCUCCUUCGGGAUUACAUGGGGCCACCAUUUAUAUGCAGACCCCAUCCGUGACAGGAACGAUGAACUUGAUGAUGGCAGCAUGUCAAGCCUCCGGAGUGACGUAUAUCUACAAUUCAGCCCGUGAACCCGAGGUGACAGAUCUGGCUCACUGCCUCAUCAGCAUGGGUGCGAUGAUACAAGAAGGAGUGGGAUCCGAUCCUAUCACCAUUUUCGGCUCUGAUAAGCCCCUCCUCCCCUACCGAUACAGAGUCAUGGAAGACCGAAUCGAGGCAGGAACAUUUCUGAUUCUCGGAGCAAUGGCUGGAAAUCCUCUCGCAGUGCAUGGAUGUACUUCUAAAUACCAGACCGCAUUGAUAGAAAAACUGCGUGCAAUCGGUGCUCAGAUCGACAUCAGGAAAAGUUCGGUAAUUGUCCGCAAGGCUAUAUGUCCCGUAGCCGUGGACAUCCAGACGGGCCCAUAUCCUGCCUAUCCAACAGACCUCCAACCGCAAUUCAUGGCAUUACUCUCGAUCGCGCGGGGCACGUCCCGGAUCACUGAGAUGGUCUUCGAGGAUCGCUUCAAUCAAUCUGCUGGACUGAUCGCCAUGGGAGCGGCUAUAUGCGUUGACGGGGAGGACGCUGUGAUAUCGGGUGUGGGAGGGCUAUCUGGGAGCAUGGUAACUGCUACAGAUUUACGGGCUGGUGCUAGUCUAGUUAUCGCAGCCAUCGUCGCCAAGGGGAUCACUGUUAUUUCAGGUGCUCAGCAUAUCGACCGGGGGUAUUAUGGGCUACAGAGAAAGUUGGAGAAAAUCGGCGUGAUUAUGACGCAGUCUCAUGGUUUUGAUGAAGGAGCCGGGAAAGUAGACAUUCGGAUGGCGGUUCAUGCUCUCUGCUCAAGGGCGUAA